UUUUUUGUAUUGUGUUGGUCUAAAAUGAAACAAAGUUUUUACUUAAGAUUUUCGAUAUUCUAACAUUUUCAACUGCGUAAUAUUAUUCUAUUUAUUAAAUAUUAAUAUAGUCAUUUAUCGGGAAUUUUAAUAUUAUCACUGAAUCGUCGUCUUAGACAUUUGCCAACAUGAUGCACCCCGCUGAAAUCGAAUUCCUGGCCGAAAACGAGAUUAUUCAAAUUGUGCCGACAUUCAAUCAUGCCAGUCACGUACAUCUGAUAUGCGGUUCUUAUGGUCCGUUUCGUGCCGGUUUGCCGUUGAACGUUCCCAUCUGGGUGGCACUGAAUCUGCGGCAAAAAAAGACUUGUCGUAUCCUAGCUCCCGACUGGAUGACCGUCGAUAAGUUACAAGAAAGACUUGAAGAAGAGAAAGCAUCCAAAUUUUUCACACAGCUACCGACCAAUUAUUACUUGGAAAUCACACAAAUGUUGUUGACUGUUGCCAGUGAAGAUAUUCCACAAGGGAACGAUAUAAAAACGGCAGUUAAAGAUUUAUGGGAUUUAAGAAUAGCAAAAUUAAGAUCUUCUGUUGAUCUAUUUAUUAAAGAAGGUCGUGUUCAAGCUUCUUUAAACCAUUUAACGCCAAUGGAGAUUAAUUCUGUAAGGCCGGUAUUCCCUGAUACAUUGGAUGCUUUAAUGACACUCCAUGAACACAUUAACUCGAGUGAUGACAGAGAAGAUAGCAGUCAAUCUUCAGGAGCAACUCCUAAUUCAACAUCUUUUUCAUUAUCCUUGUAAAAUUAUUUAUUUAUUUUAUAAUAUUCAGAACUGCAUUCAGAUGGUUGUGUUUUUUUUGCUAGGAUUAGAUUAAAUUUUCUGCUAACACCAAAAAUUGUAUAUGAUUGUUAUAUAUCUAAUGCAACUAGUUUAUAAUAUUUAUAUUGUCUUGAUCAAACAUAUUUUAUUUUCUUCAAGAAAUAAAUCAUUGUUUAAUUUUUUUUUUUUUUUUUGGUUAUUGUAUGAUAAUAUAAGUUUUUUUAUUUUUUUCUCAGUGUACAAUAACUUAUUGUAUGUAUUAACUAUUAAGUAGGAGUAAUAGGCUUUUCAAAAAAACAAAAAUCUUAUAGAUUAAAAUGUUUAUAAAAAUAUAAUGUGCAAUUAUUAAUACUAUAAGUUUAGUUACAAACAACAAUGCCAAUUAAUGCAUUGUUGGGCGUAUAGAUAAUUGUGCUUGCAGUAUAAUAUUAUUUUAAAUGUCAAGAUCAAACUACACUUACCGUGUGUAGGAUAUAGCCAAGGUUAGGUGAGAAUGUUUAUAUUUAAAGUGUAUAGAUGAUUAUAAAUAGUAAUACAUUCAUAUUCUAUAUAGUGA